CCUCAAGACGUUCUUGCUGCGGCCCAACACCCGCUGUCAUCUUCUAGGUCAGAUUGAGAGGCGAGGCAAGUUGUAAUUUAAGAUGAAGGUGCGUGAAUGCUACUUACGACCUCUUGCCUGGCUUUGCCUCAUGCUCCUCUUGCUUGUCCUUGUCCUAUUCUCCUGCUUCUGCCCCGCAUCUGUUCCACUGAUUGACGUUGACGUUCACAGACCUCACUGACUGAUGUUGAUGUCCACAGACCUCACUGAUAUUGAUGUCCACAGACCUCACUGACUGGUAUUGAUGUCCACAGACCAGUAUGGGGAGUACAAGGUGGACGACGUGGGGCUCAAGAUCAACCCCGUCAACACUCUGGGCGAGAACAUCGCAGACAACGCUGGCAUUAAGAUCUCAUACCAGGCGUAUCAGACCUGGCGGAGAAGCAACGAGGAGACGGUGACGAUGCCCUUCGUCAACCUCACUCACGAUCAGCUCUUCUUCCUCAACUUCGGGCAGAUCUGGUGCGAGGUGAACAGCCCCGAGGCUAUGCUGACCAAAAUUCGCAGUGGCCAGCACUCUCCCAAUAGGUUCAGGGUUAUUGGAACGCUCUCUAACUCCGAGGAGUUCAGCGAAGCCUUCAACUGCCCCGUCGGCAGCAAGAUGAACCCCGAAAGAAAAUGUCGCGUGUGGUGAGACCCGGGACCAGGCAGAUGACUAACCCGCAACGCCACCACUCUGGAGAUGCUGAAACUACGGAGAUGCCGUGACGCCUCGGCGCAAGAAUAAGCAAGAGAAGGUAGAGGGUAGUGAGCAUUGGUUAGGUGUUGAUGAUCAGGCCAGAUGAUGACGUACCUAAUACACGAAAACGGAAAAAAGAAAAUUAGAAAACGUUAAAAAGAAAAUUAGAAAACGUUAAAAAGAAAAUUAGAAAACGUUAAAAAGAAAAUUAGAAAACGGAACAAAUCGAAAACGGGAAAAAUUCAGGAAGGCUGAACAAGUAGAGGAGAAAACAGGAAAGAGACGAAACCCCACAAUCAUGACAUAAAUGAGCACAUGAGUGACACACUAGUGACACACUUGUGCCACACUAGUGACACACUAGUGACACACUUGUGCCACAAGAGUGACACACUUGUGCCACACUAGUGACAC